UGAUUUUGCUUCUCCCGCGGCGGGUGAAUGCCAAGCAUUGUAAACAAAACAGUUCUGCUCCUUGUCAGCUCGUGCAGACUGCUUUGCAAGGCUGUACAUAGCACAGCCAUGCAAAGCAGUGUGCUUACAGCGAAGCACAAACACACAGCCCCUAGUAAAACAGCACACAGUUAACCCUUUGAUUGCCCCACAUGUUAACCCCUUCCUGCCCAGUGUCAUUAGUAUAGUGUUGGUGCUUUUUAUUAGCACUGAUCACUAUUGGUGUCAUUGGGGAUGUCAGUGACACCACGUUAGUUCCCCCCCCCGUGUCAGAAUGCCUACCGCAAUCCCGCUAUAA